CUUUUUGAUACUGAUGGCAGCGGCACGAUUGACGCGAAGGAAUUGAAGGUGGCGAUGAGGGCGCUUGGCUUCGAACCAAAGAAAGAAGAGAUCAAGAAAAUGAUCUCGGACAUUGACAAGGACGGAUCGGGCACCAUCGACUUUGAAGAGUUUCUGAACCUCAUGACCGCCAAGAUGGGUGAGCGCGACUCGCGAGAGGAGAUCCUGAAGGCCUUCAAGCUCUUCGACGAUGAUGGCUCCGGAACCAUCACUUUCAAGGACCUGAAGAGGGUAGCCAAGGAGCUCGGGGAGAACCUCACGGACGAGGAGCUCCAAGAGAUGAUUGACGAGGCGGACCGGGACGGGGACGGGGAGGUGAACGAGGAGGAGUUCAUCCGCAUUAUGAAGAAGACGGCGCUAUUUUGAGGAGAGCAGGGUGAGCAGCCAUUGAGAGUUAUGACGGGGUGGUGCUUCCAGGUUGCAUGUUGUGGGGAUGUGGUUGGUUGGCGCAAUAAGGGGUCUGCUGGGCGCGGUUACUGGGGGGCGCGGUGACUUAUCAUACUAUUCCCAUUUUGUUAUACGUGACUCUGAAGACGUUGUAUGACGUGUUGUCGGGCGCAUUCGUGCGUUUUUAGUAAUAAGUGCAUGCUUUCGCCUGUGCAUGGGGGAAAAAAAGAAGACCAGACGUGUUGAGUGCCAAUGGCAGGCUAGGUGACAAGCCCUGGGGGAAUGAAUUCGAGUGAGCUGAGCCGAACAUGCGACGUCUGGGCUGCCAGCCAACCGAUCCAACUUACCACACAUGGAACAAUCUUACCUUUAGCUGGAGGGGGGCCCUGGAGGUUUACCCCGCACGUAGCACAGGCAGGGGUUGCUGCCUGGAGUCUUACAACGCUGGUGCAGCAGGCACGCACACUAGAAGGAACUGCAACAACUGAUGCAUGUCAUGGCGAGCGGAAUGGACGUUAUACUGUUACGUGCUUGCGCUGGCUGGCCGGCAUAAUUUGUCAAGCAAAUUUAUCAAAGCGACGUGUUUUGUGGAUGAGCUGCUACUUGUUGGUAUUUCCAAGCAGGGUAGUGGGGGUAGUGCUAUUACUAUACUCGUGACAUGGACGUCUAACUUAUGCAUGCGAUAG